GAAUACAGUAAUCAGUUGUUUUAGGUACACAUAACAACCAUGAAUGUCGUAAUAUCCUUGUGCAUCAUACUACCGUUUGUGGCGGCAUUUCUGUCGACCCCUCUGGAAGAAAUCCCCGACUCUUCAAAUGUUCACCUCAUGCCCUUGGUGCUAGAGAAGGAACCAUCCAAGAAACCAACCGAAAUAGAAAAAACGAGAACCAACAAUGAUGAGGUUGAAGAUAAAACAAUCGAACAAAUAGCUCAUGGUCAGGCCAGCUGGAUAAAUAAUAUUAAGGAUGAGGUUUUGCGUGAAGAAGCUAUAUUCAACGCAUUGAAGGCAGAGAAGAUUCAAAUCAAACAAGCUCAUACGGAAAAUGGGAAACUUUCUGCAAGAGUUGAAGAUCUGGUGAAGCAUUGGUCCGUGGUUCGAGCAAGGAGUGCCAUUGAGUACUUUGAAGACGCUUCCGGUCUGGACUCAGAUAUUAGUACAGAAGAUGUAACGAAUAUAAAGGACUUGGGUAAUUUUUUACUUUAGGGGGCCACGCUCUUUCACAAUUUUUCCUUCAGAAACUUGUGGUAUGCAUCCUAAAGAACACAAAAAGUGCAAAAUCACCGGGCGCAAUCAAUUUUAAACUAAUUUUAGAGGCGAUAAAAGUAACGUGAAUUCCCUAUAUCAUAACGCAUUUCGUCCGCGUCCGCCAUUACUGUUGACGGAGUCACGCAGUCUGACCAACCUUGCUAUCUUUCCUCGAAACAAAUGAACAGCGGAAAACACUCCCCAGGUCUACCAAGUGAGUAAGAAUUGCACUGAAAUGACCGUAGGCGGAAAAUCCCACGCAAUUCAAAAUCGACUGAUUCAAUAUGCAUGCUUCUGAGCUCUGAGAAGUUUUUCCAUUGUUACUAUAAGAACUGACAGAUCCUGCCCCACAAGCCUGAGUGGCGUAACGUAACCUAACGUAAGCUUACCUAACGUAACGUAACCUAACGUAACAGACCCAUUGGUUAGGUCGCGAAGCGACCUAACUGAUAGCCUGUUACGUCGGGGAAUUUUGCUGUGAAACCUGUAUUUUUUUAAUUUUUUUUUUACCAGAACCAUUUUUUUAAAUUUUACAAGACUUCGAGAAUACUUACAGAUUUUGUAUUCAAAAGUUUUUUAAAAAAAGCGUCAAACAGUAAAUAUAAUACAUUCUUUAAAAGGGUCCUUUUUAGACGAUAUGACACAAGAAUAUACUUAAUUACUCAGGAUGUGUCGGUGCUUCGAGAGGGUUGGUUUAGUGUAUAAAUUGAUAAUAAAAUCUUCAAAGCUGCGCUCGAGCAUCCAAAUACAGCUAAGUCCACAUCGUACAUCCUCGAUCCAGUCAUUCUCUUGAAAAAAGCAGGAUGAAUAAGUACCAGAGACAGAUCUUUGUACGCUUGGGCAAUACACAAACUAAACUCCGGUUGGGUCUGUGGUGGUUCUUUAUUCGCUUUAAUCAAUUUAAGUAAUAUCUUAGCGGGAUAAAUUGUAUUCUCAUCACGGAGUAUCUUGUACCACAGUGCUGCCCGACGAUAUAUCUUUAAUUGGUCAUAAACUUUCUCUUCUUGUAUUCUUUCUCCUCGUGUUUUGCGUACAGCGUCACUCUUCUUAAUCAAGUCCUGGUAAUUGUUUACUUUAGGGGGCCACGCUCUUUCACGAUUUUUCCUUCAGAAACUUGUAGUAUGCAUCCUAAAGAAC